GUAAACAAAGAGUAUUUAUAGACGAAACAACGACAGCGAAGCCAUUAUUAGGAAGAACAAUGUCAGGAAAAGGAUAUCCAACUCAAUCUCGCCCUUACCCGGUGCAAGAAAACAACAUUCAGUUCGCCUACCCCCAGACCCAACCAUGGCAACCAUCUGCACCACCUAUGUAUGGUUCCCCCAAUGAAGCCCCUCCCCCCUACAGCUACCAACCUCCCCCACAGCAGUACCAGAUGCCGGCAGGGUACCAGGCAUAUCCCCAAGCACAGAAUGUACAGUUUGCAGCGCCUGGUGGCAUGGUCAGUAACGGACAGGUCGCCAUGGCUUCCUUCGACUCAGGAGCAAGAUUUGAUGGCGUUUCCCAACCAAGAAUACCUCCCCCACCCCCCGGGUGCAUGCCUACAUCAGCCCAGCAGGCCGUGAUGCAGGGUCGGCCAGUUGUGGCCCAGCAACAGAAGGCAGGCUGGUUCUCAGGAAGUGGAGGGGGGUACACGUGGGGAGGAUUGUAAACAGAACACCUCACUGAAGGGCAGUAACUGUAGAGAGACCCGCGUCAUCCUAAAUCUUCUCUCACCUUCUUGUAGGAAUCCUCUGUGUAAAAUGUGUUUCAGUUUCACAUAUUCUGAUAGAGAGCAAGGAGAAUAGAUAGAGUUUUCCAUUCCUAGUUAUUGAAAAUAAUGACUUGUUGUCCAUUGAACAUUGUUAAUAAGUGAAAUUCAGAGUGAUGAUUUAAUACAGAACCAAAGUUUUAUUUGGUUUUAAGGGCCAUGUUUUUAUGAUUAUUGAACAUGCACAACUACUUGGAUAUUUCUUCUGAAUUGACCAAUUUCAAUAUGGUUAGUUGAACUGAAAAAUUUGAUUCAUUUCUUUCUUUUUAAAAAUAAAAUUUAAGGAAUUAUUUUAAGACUCGUUGAUUUUUUUUGUUAACUUUUACAUCAUGUUUAAAUUAUGAUUAUAUGUAUAUAUUUUUCAUAAUCAGCAUCUUUAUUCAUCAUACCUGUACAUGUAAAAUUUUCAUUGUUACUGUUACACUGUUUAUACGUGUUUCUUUAAUCUAAAAGACUGUGAUGUUAUGUAAAUAUUUAAACAUCCUAAUAUUUAUAGUUAUUUUGUAAAUAAAUGAUGUUAAAACUUUCA